AUGUCUUCCCCCAGACUCAUUCCCCUGUGGAAGGAUUUUAAAUACCUCAUAAGUGACAUACCUAAAAGCAAGGAAAAUUUAGAUGAUUCAAAGAAUGAUGUAGUUGUGCUGAGUGACCGGUCUGAGAUACUAUUCAAAGAGUCUCGUCAUCCUCAGAAUAUGCCAUUUAUAUGCUAUUACUUCAGUGAUGCCGACUUCUUUGCCUCCCUCUCAUGGGUGACAAGCACAAAAGAAAUACAGGCUGUAGUAUGGAUGAAGAGCAAAACUGAGGACAUGGUCGAGAAGAGAACAUUCUCCAUGACUGAACGAUUGCCGCCCAUCCAGUGUAUGGUACACACAGGCUCCUUUCAUAUCCUUGUGGCCUACUGUGGUGACUUGCUUCUGCGGCUCUUUGGGGACCACUUUCGGUCAUUCAAACCCCUGGGUAUAGUGCCUUGCCGCUUUAACAUCAACUGCCUCUGCUAUGACCCAGAAAUGAAGAUGCUUCUGUCAGGUAUCCUGGGGGCAGUGGUCACCUGGACCAUUGAGCAAAGUGGCAGGGGCCUCCAAGUCGCCCACAUAGUUUCCAUGCCUGGUGAUGAACUUGUCCAGGACAUCAUAUUGAAUGGCCCCAGUGGCAACCUCCUAGCCCUGUGUGAGACUGUGGUGAGGGUCCUUGAGCGCCAGGGCCUGAGCCAGCUAGGAGAAGUGAAGAGGUUCACUUCUACCACUAGUGGCUCAUCUAUCACCUGCUGCUUCACCUGUUUUGAUCUGGGCUUUCUCUAUGCUGGAAAUAGGACUGGGUACAUCCAGGUAUGGAGCCUCAGUCAGAGCUACUCUUUCCACAGUUUCAAGGCCCAUUCUUCAUCAGUAAUAUGUAUCUGCAGCCGGCCAGAAGCCCACACCCUGCUAACAGCUGGUAAGGAGGGUUUCAUGAAGGAGUGGAGCCUUACUUCUGGGAACCUGCUGCGGCAACUAGAACUUGGCGAGGAAUUGUAUCGACUCCAAUUUAUUGAUAACAUUACUUUCUUCUGCCAAACUGCCCAUGCUUUCUCCUUGCGCCGUCUGCCCUGUUUCUAUAGCCUCUUCAAUGUUUGUGGCUCUGCUCCAGAGCAGGUUCGUCGGGUCUGCUGUGGUAAUAACUGGUUCCGGAUCCUAUGUACUACGGAGGAUGGCUUGUUACGCUUUGUGUCCCCAGUAACAGGGGAGCUUCUGGUUCUCACCUGGCCCUUCUCAAUCCUGGACCAGGCUGUGGAUUGGGCCUAUGACUCUGAUAAAGAGGAACUCUUUGUAGCAACAGGGGGCUCAGAGGUGCUGGUCUUUGACACAACCCGCUGCCCUUGCCCAGCCAAGUAUCUUUUAUGCACCUCACCAAAUUCUCAGGACUCAGUACAAUGCAUGGCUUAUGGGCAUUUCCACCUGGGUCGGGGCCUAGAAGGACUAAUGUUUUCUGGAUACCAGAGUGGUAUGAUAAGAGUCCUUUCCCAGCACAGCUGUGCCAGAAUAGAGAAAUUCAUGCACUUUGGGGCUGUAUUGGCCCUCUCUACACUGCCUGGAGGGCUUUUAGGUGGCCGAGAAAACUCUUUGCUUUGUUCUUAUGGAAUGGAUGACUACAUACGCCUAUCAGAAGCUGUGCUUAAUGGGACUAGAGUACAUCUGCGUCCUCUAGCUAGCAUUCUCAGCAGCUGUCACCUAAAACACCUGAUACUCUUGCCAAAGUCUGUGGGUGCCAUCACAGAAACUAACUGUUUGCGUCUCUGGAAAUUCCAUGAUUUUCUGCCCUCUGAGACACAUGCAAAGUUUAUAGAGACGUUGCCUCUGCAUCAGUAUGCAAUUACUUCCUUUGAUGUAUGCCUGACCUUGAGUCUUUUUGUCACAGGUAGUAUUGAUGGCUCUGUUCGAAUAUGGAACUUUCACGGUGGACUUGUAGCCAUGCUGGACUCAACAUUGCAUUUUGGUCCACUCUGCUUUGCAAAUGAUCGGGGUGACCUGCUUGUGACUUUCAACCAGAGUCUUUAUCUGGUAUCCUGUUUAAAACUACUUCCUCCAACCCUGUUGGUUCGCCUUUCCUUUAUGAGCAUCACAGAUGACGUGCUAGAAAUCCCUAAGCCUUUCAUACCAAGCUUCUUCUUCUCCUUUGAGACCAUAUUUGUGCCCAAGUAUAUCUACCUUGGACAAGGGCAACAAGUAUUAGUGGGUUUGGAGAAACUUGUCAAUAAGCGGGCCAUUGCCUUUGACCAUACUGUGCCACAUGUCAUAGAAGACGAUGAGCAAGGAAGCUCCGUAUUACUGUCUACCUCAAGACCUGGUUCCUUGAAAAGGGAAGACACUGUUAUACCCUUGAGCAAAUCUGAUCCCCAUUAUGUGGUUCCUCCCCAACUACAGUUGACUGCCUGGGAUGGACUCAACCCUUAUCAGAUACUGAAAUGCUACUUUGGUCAUGGGCGGAAAUGGCCCUUUGCUCCUGAUUGCUAUAUCCCUAACUCAGUGAUUCGUGCCCGUCUUUGGCCAGAGGGCAGCCCAAUAUACCUACAGUGCAACCUGCAUUCACCCAUACGGAAGUUGGAAUGGGACAAGUCUCAACAAUUCUUCUGGCACAGUAAGGUAAAACCUACACAUGAUGUAACAGAACCACAGGAAAAGGAAGAUGAAGACUUCAUAAAAAGGAGAAUGUCCAAGGACAUAACUUAUAGUGUCCUUACAGACACAACAAACCGUAGUUGGCUGGGAAAAAAGAUGAAUGAAGUAGCUAUUAAUAGCUUGAUUGAGACAAUCCUCAACAUUAUGAUUUAUGCUCCUCCUCCAUUGAAGUACCAACACUGUGUUAGUGCACUAGGGCAAAUCUUUGCUUCUUACCAAGUGUCUGCACCCCUGCGCUCUGAAACAGCCCAUCGUCUGCUGGAUGAUACAACCAAUUCUAAUCCACUGAUCCGAGAGCUAGCCUGGGAAGGGCUGAAUCGUCUAGGAAUUAUCACUCAUCUCUUUGCCAUGGCUCUGGCCCAAGGGUUAAUGGACAAGGACCAAAGAGUGAGGAAUAAGGCACUGAACCUCAUGGCUGACACUGGAAUCCACUCUAAGACUUCACUCUUAAACUUGAUCCAGAGUCGAGAUACUUUCCAGGGGAUGCAGCAGGAAAUGAUUGGUGAAGAAAGCCUGGACAGUCUGCUGGGGAUGCGGGUCACAGAUCUCCAAAUUCUUCAUACUCAAGUGGAGCAGCGAUUAAAUGAAAACCUGACCUUGUCACAUGGAGAUGAAAAGCCUUUUUUUUCUUUAGAUGUCUCAAGGAUUUCUAAAACAAUAGCCGUUCCUGAUGAAUCUGAUAUAAUUCCAGACGAACCUGAAGUUGUCAUCAAGCCCAGCAAAGGCCACAGACGGGGCCGGGCAGGGGGAAGAAAGCAUGCCCAGAAGAAGUUGAAAGAGACUGGCACAGAGCCAAGUCCCUUAGAAGGUGAAAUUGAUCAGAGUAAAGUUGCACCAAUUGAGAUGGAGGAUACAGCCAUCUAUUUGAGUUCUCCAAUUUCUAAAGAUGCUGAACAACAGCCUUCAGAGAAAGAUAUCUCAAAGGAUGUUGCAAUGACCCUGAAAAUGCUAAGGAAAAUACAAGACAAAAUAGGAAAGAAAACAGCUCAGAAACACAUAAAGAGGCAUAAAAAAAAGACAAAGCAAGCUGAAGUUAUAAUUGAGGAACCUCUGCCUGAUGUAAAGGAAGAACCAGUUGUGAAGAAGGUGCAAGACAUAGGGCGGGGUGCCUUUGGAACUCCUGGCCGCAGGGCUACCCCUGGAGAUGGCUCAUCCUGGCGAGAUGAUCUAUGUCGUCUUAUGACCCUGAGGAUAUCUGGUUCCCAAACAACAAUGUUGGAAUCUCUAAACACUGAGUUAGUAACCAUGGCUCAGAAGGUGCUGGCAGAUAAGCGCCCCAGCUGGGAGCUCUUUCAGAAGAUCUGUCCCCUGGUGAAGAAAGAAAGUGAAGUUCUGCUUGAGAACCUUGACUGGGAUGUAGCUUGGCCAGAGGAGAAACCAAUUUUUAUUCAUGAAGCAGCAAUUAGAGAGGACAUGGUGAGCAGGGACAGUAAAGAAAUACCAGAGGGGCAGGGUCAAGUACAAAAGGAAGCAGGAGAUAUACAGGAAUUACAGGAAAUCCAGGUGAUUUCCAAAAAGGGGAAGAAAAAGAAAGUUAUUUUUUUAGAACCGGGUGACCUAAUCAAGGGGAAACUAAUGCUGAAGCAAGAAGAUAAGAAACCAUCUAAGAAGCCCUCUGUGCAAAAGAGGAAAGUAGUCCAGAAGGAAAUAAAAGUGGAUAAAAAAGAGAAGAAAAUGACCACAAGAGAGUGGGAUGUGAGUCUGGAAGUGGGAGAAAUGGCCAAACUAGAGGAGAAAGUGGUUGAGCAAGAAGUAAGACCAGUUAUGGAUAAGAAGCAGCUGUCUUUGCAGGAAUGGAAGGAAUCCUGGGAUCAGUGGAAACAGGCUCAUGGUGAGACAAAGGUAUCCUGGAAUGAAUGGAAGAAGACUUGGGAAAGAGAGACUCUUGAGGAAGAGGAGAAACUACAAGAGGACAAAGAGAAGCUACCUCUAGAUGAGGAAAAGCUGGCUGGGGAAAAGAGGAAGCUGGGAUGGGAUGAGGGGGCACAUGUCUGGGAAACUAUGACAGACAUGUCCAGGGAGCAAAAGUUCAAGGAUGAAGAGGAAUUGAAAGAAGAAGAAGAAGAAGAAGAAGAAGAAGAAGAAGAAGAAGAAGAAGAAGAAGAAGAAGAAGAAGAAGAAGAAGAAGGAGAAGGAGAAGAAGAGCUGUUGACAGAAGAGCAGAGACAGAUCCAGAAAGCAUAUAAACAGGCCCAGGUUGAGAAGAAACGAACCCAAGCUGAAAGAAAACGAGCCCAAGAAGAGAGGAAGCUGGCACAAGAAGAAGAGAGGCUGGCAAAACAAGAGGGAAAGCUAGCUCAGGAAGAGAGGAAACUUGCCAGAGAUCAUGGGAAACUGAUUCAGAGAGAUAGGAAAAUGGCCCAGGCAGAGAGGAAGCUAGUCAAGAAAGAGGAAAAAUUGGCCCAAAGAGCAGUGUGGCUAAGCCAGGGAGCAGAGAAAUUGGCCCAGAAUAGGACGAAACUGGCCAGAAAAUUGGAGAAACUGGCUGGCAAAGAAGAGAAAAUAGCAAAGAAAGGAGGGAAGCUAGUUGAGGUUAAAACUAUAUUAGUCCCGAAAAUGGAGGAAGUGAUCCAAAAGGAGCAAGAUCUGGCAUGGCAGGAAAAGGAGCUAACCCAGGAAUUGGAGGAGAUGACAUGGGAAGAGGAGGAAAUGGCUUGGAAAGAAGAGCAACUAAAUCAGGAAGAGGAGGAAUUAGCUAAUGAAGAGGAGAGACUGGCUCAGAAGGAGAAGACACUGGCCUGGAAAGAGGAUCAACUGGCUAUGGAAGAUGAAAAACUGAUCCAGGAAGAAGAGCUGGUGAUCCAGGAAGAGAAUAAACUGGCUGAGGACAAAGAAUUUAUGCCUGAGGAAGAAGAAAGGCUUGCCCGGAAAAGGGAGCAAUUGAUGGAGAAUAAGGAAAAAAUGGCCCAGGAAAGGAAAAUUUUGAUCCAGAACAAAGUGGAACUUGCAAACAAGAAGAAAAUACUAGCCAAGAAGACGACGACUCUGGAUCAGGAGAAGAAGAAGCUGGGUCAGGAGAAGGUAAAAUUGAUUCAUAGGAAAGAGAACUGGCACCGGCUUAAAGAAAACCUUUCCCAGAACAAAAAUGAAUUAGUGCAAGUAAAGGAGAAACUGGACACGUACCAAAAAAAAUUGUUUCAGGUAGAGGAGACGCUGGUGAAGGAAAAGGAGGAAAUUGUCCAGAAGAAGGAGAAACUGGCCAAUGUAGAGGAAAAACUGGCCCAAGUAGAGGAAAACCUGGCUGAGAAACAGCAGAAGCUAGCCCAGGACAAAAUGAAAUUCACUAUCGAGAAGAAGGAAGUACUUCAAAAACUGAACCUGCUCAAUAGAGAAGCUGAUAUUACUAAGAAAGAAAAGAAAUUUGGCAUGACAAUGAAGAAACUGGCCCAGGAGAAGGUGAGACUGGUUGAAGAAAAGGAAACUCUCUCAAAGGGAGAGAUUCAAGAAACCUUAACACAGAGGAAACUGAAUAAGAAUGAACUAGAACUACUUAAAAGGAAAUUGUCACUAGUGGAGAAGAUACUGGCAUAUGAAGAUAGGAUAUUGGCCACAAAACAAAGUAACAUUGCCAAAGAAAAAUUAGAACUUGCCAGAGGAGAGAGAGUUUAUGCCCAGGAAGAAAGGAAGCUAACCAAAGAAAUAACAAAGUUGACUAAAGGGAACAUUUUCAAGAAACUAUCAAAAAUGAGCAAAACAAUCAUAAAGGUACUUCAAAACCUUAUCAAAAAAGAAAGGAUAGUAACCCAGGAAGAAACACAGAUGACACAGAUAGCAAGGUCAUUCUUGGAUCAGGAAAGAAUAUUGAAUAAAGAACAAAAAGAACUUGAUGCCAGGAAGUUGGAUAUUUCUGAGAAACAAUCAGAAAUGACCCAAGAUGAGGAGAAACUGGCUAGGAAACAGAGAAAACUGGCCAAAGAAAUAAGAAGAAUGAUAAAGAAAGAGAAAAAAAUAACUGAGGAGGAAAACAGACUAUCCAGGCAACGGAGACAAAUCAUGAAGGGAGAAGAGGAGGCAGGAAUAACAGAGGAAGAAGAAGAAAUGUCAUUUCUUAAACAAAAGCGAAGUAAAAAAAAACCACUAAAGAGAGUUAAAAUGCCCCAAGAAGAAUUUCCCAGUCAGGGGGAUGAAGUAGAAAGUGAAGAGAGCUUUUCUGGAAAAAUGGAAAGCCUGUUAGAUCAAGUGGAGCGAGAGAGUUUGUCUGAAGAGGAGGAAGAGGAAAAGGAGGAAGAGGAGGAGGAGGAGGAAGAGGAUAAUGAAAGGAUGGGGGAAGAAGAAGAGGAAGAAGAGGAGGAGGAGGAAGAAGAAGAGGAGGAGGAGAAGGAAGUGUUGGAGAAGGAUAAAAGCAUGAUUAAGGAAGAGCUAGAAAGUUUGAGUGAGAAAGCGCAGAGAGCAGCGCAAAGUUCAAUGGAAGAAGUAGACAAGGAAAAAGAAAUCUUUAAAAAAGAAAUAUUAUUUAAGUUACAAGAAAAAAGAGGAAAGGAUCUAGAAAGAAAAGAAACAGUCCCUUCUGUUAGAAAAAGAACUGAGGGCAAAGACAGGGAUAUAAACCUGGAAAUUCCAAAGAUCCCUUCCAAGAAACUGAUUUCAAUAGCUCUGGGGAGGGAAAAGACUAUACCAGUGCCAGAGUCUAAGAAACAAAUACCCUGGAAAGAUAAGGCCACAGUACUUGAGACACCCAGGAUAUUCCCAGAGACAAAGUUUAUGGAAAAGCAACGUGAGCUAUUGAAGAAAUAUCAGCCCAUUCCUCCACAAGUUUUGGAUACAGUUUUGGAGUCCCAAGAGCCAUAUUUCAAGACCCCAUAUUUAUCCCACAUAUUGAGGAAGAGCAAAAAAGAACAGAAACUCCAAGGCAAACCACUAGGGGAUAGGUGGCAGUGGCUUUCGAAGCAUCAUCCAACUCUGAUGGGACAAACUAAGGUACAAUUACCUGUGCCCCAAAUCCCAGCUGAGGAAGUAUUUGCAGAUGUAAGCCUCUCAGAUAUAGAAUGGAUCCACGAUGUCCUAGAACAGACAGAGUCAGGAAAACAGCUUUCCAGAGAUAGUUUCCACAGAUUGUGUCAGCUUGUCAAAGAUCUUAUCUCAAAGGGAACCUUAGAGUGGAUGCAUCUAGCCAAACUUGAAGCUAUCAUUUACCGUCACAGGCAGGUUCUGGAAUCACAAAGCACAUGUAUCUCAAAACCCAGUACGAAGCUCAUGGGUCCUAAGUACUUGAAAGUGAUCCCUCCUAUAAAAAGAAAGGAAAAGGAAAGCCAUCUAAAACCUUUGGCUUUUUCCUCAUUAGCUAACAAAAGGAUUCCAGACCCAAAGGCUAUAAAUUGGCAACUUCUAGGAGAACCUUACAGGAGUGCACGGGCAGAGCAGAUAGUCAGUGCCCUUAAGGAUAUGGAGAAGCAACACGUUUAUCCUGCUACAAGAGACAUUGUCACAGGUGCCCAUGCCUCUGUAGAAAAACAAAUGCUAGCACUGAUGUUUCAGAAGGACUUCUGGGCUUUUAAGGAUAAAAGCAGGUUUCCCAGAUUGCCCAAGAUGGAGAAGAUGACACAGCCCAGCUCUAAAAAACAGGAAGAAGUGCCUCUAUGGGAGACAUUUGUGGCACUCUACCAUGUUUUACGGAUGUUGCAGGAGCAAUACGCAGGAGACAGUGCUGCUUGGACAGAAAAAUUCUACCACCUCAUGGACCUGUACCAAUUUAAGUCCCCUGGAAUCCAGAGAUUGCUACAGGAGCUGCUACAGAAAGAGGAACCCCAAUCCCAUAAGAUCAUCUACAAAGAGUCCCUAAAGGCCAUAGAGCUGGUUCCUGGGGAGCGAUUGUUCUACCACCUAUUUUGUGGUCGUUCUCACAUCCCUAGAGGUCCUCUAGAGUUCCAGGAGGUGGUGUCUCUCUCAGGGCAGAACAAUGUGCAUACUAUGCUUCCAAUGGGCAUUGCCCAUUAUGGCAUCUUAGAACUUGCCUGGAAGAGCCUGCCCCAAGCUGAUAUUCACCUCACCAAGGAAUUGCCCCACACUGUGGCUCCUACCCCAUAA